GGAACAGUAACCAAUCUUACGGACAGCAAAGCGCCUACGCGUGGGGAGAAGUCGAGGUCUUGGCAUGGAUUAGACGGUGUGCGGAUCGGCCAACUUGCACUUCAGCACAUCUCCUCCUCAAGCCACUGACAACCCCAACCCAAUCCCGUCUCUACAAGUUGCCCACUCGCUCUGCUCACCUCCAACAGGAAUUUCUCCCCGCCUACCGUGAUCAAAAGACCCGGAAAGAGGAAGCCAAGACAUGGCCGCCAUCCAGCAAUGGACCGUAACUGAGCCAUACAUCGACACCAAAGGAACCCUCCUGGAAGGACCGUAUCAUGACGAAAAGAGAAAUGAGUUCCGCUUUGUCGACAUCUGGGAUCACAAGGUCUAUUUCAUGGACCUGGCCAAAGGUCCCGAUUCCCUGAGAUCCAUCGAGACAGCCACGUCCGUCGGUGUGACAGCCGACGUCGUUGCCGACGGAAGUUCCAAUGCCAAUGCCAACACCUACAGCGAUCAGAUGAUCGUAGGCGCUAAGCAUGGUUUUGCCCUGCUUGACCGUCGGACUGGGGCGUUGUCUUAUCUUCGCAAAGUAUGGGAUGGGGAAGAAGACAGUGCUGUGAGAGCCGACCUGAUGCGGUCCAACGACGGCGCCGUAGACAGCCACGGGAGGUUCUGGGUUGGCGCCAUGAACGACCCCAAAGUUAAGAAACCCAUACAGGAAGGCGUCCUGUUCAGACUGGAUCCGGAUCUAAAGCUUCACCGUAUGCUGGAGCAAUUGACUAUCCCCAAUGGCAUUGGCUGGAACGACCGGGAUGACACCAUGUAUGUAACUGACUCUCCAACUGGACGGAUAUACGCGUUCGACUUCGAUGCCAGUACCGGCGCCAUUAGCAACCAGCGGGUGCACUUUCAGCUCAGCGAACCCAAGGAACCGGAUGGCUUUGCCAUCGACACGGACGGAUGCAUCUGGAGCGCCAUCUACGGCGGUCGCAGAGUGAUCCGGAUCUCCCCCGAGGGCAAGGUCAUUGGGGAGGUACUCUUGCCCACACGAAACGUCACCUGCUGUGCCUUUGUAGGCACCGAGCUGUUCAUCACGACGGCCAAGGAUGAGCCGAACGAUGAGCUUCCCAAGUCCGAGUUGUACGGAGGGAAGGUGUUCAGGGUUGACGUCGGGAUAAAGGGCCAACCAAAGAACCAGUUCCGGUUUCAGAAGUGAUUGAUAUGGGGAACUGAACACGACCAGUUUGUGAAUGUGCAGCUGUAGAUAGGUGCUAAUAGACUCCAUGACUGGAUUUGAUUACGAAGCAGAUGUCACCCCAACAUCGAGUUUCAACCCAAGCAGAACGCAUGACUAUCUAGGGCAACGAGUUCUAGACCCGAUUCAGAAGCUCCACGGAGAUCCCAUCUGUGCCGCGGGGAAAUGGGCGCGCGGUAGGUGGAUAUCUAUAUCUAUAUAUGCAGCAUGCACUGCUGCCCUGAAGGUUGACUAGCUUGACGUCGUAAGCGCCUUGGACUUUCAGAUAAUACGAGAGGAUCAGCGGCAAGCAUAGGGGAAAAAAAGAAACAAUAGUUCGAUCCAUUCAAUCUAUAUUCAUUUUCCUGCCGAA